AUGUAUCUCCAAUGUACGGCAAUAUUAUAUAUUAUAAUAUGUUUACUUGAUUUUGAGGUUUUCAAUAAUUUACAAUUCAUUAUUAUAAUUAACGGUCAGAAGGUUGUAAGGACAAAAGGAAAUAUAUAUAAUGGAAGAACAAAAAAUAUAAAUAAGCAUACACAUACGAAGAAAGAAAAAAAUAGAUGGUUACCAUUUUUUAUAUUCAACAAAGCUCGAUAUAUUAAUGAUAGGUUUGUAAAAAAAAGAAAUAAAUUGCAUACCCAUAGCGUACUAAAUGAAAAUAAUAAUUAUAAAGAAUCAAAUAACUCUCAUAUAUAUCAAAUAAGAAAAGAAAUAUUAUCAUCCCCUGGAAAUAUAAAAAGUAUUAUUGAAAAACAUGUUAUUAACAAAGUUUUGUAUGGAAAUAUAAAUAAAUACAAUAGCUUUUCAUAUAUAUACAACAGUGAUGAAAUAUAUGAACAAGUCAGCAAAUUAUAUGAAAUUUAUGAACAAUGCAAUAAAUUGUCCUUAAAAUUGCCCAAAUUAUUUGGUCUUCCUAUUGUUUUAAAAGACAAUAUAAUAACAAAGGGCAUCCCAACAACAGGAGGAAGUAAAAUAUUAUCAAAUUAUAAAAGUUCUUAUGAUAGUACAGUUGUAAAAAAAUUAAAAAAACAUGGAGCAAUUAUUAUUGGGAAAACACGUUUAGAUGAAUUUGCCAUGGGAUCAUGCACAGGUAAUGUACAAAAUCCAUUUAAUGAAAAAUAUUUAUCUUGUGGUGGGUCAUCUGGUGGUUCAGCUAGCUGUGUUGGAUCAAAAAUUCUGAACUGUUCAGUAAAUACGGAUACAGGUGGAUCAAUUCGAACACCCGCUGCAUUGUGUGGAUGUAUAGGAUUAAAACCUACUUAUGGAAGAAUAAGUAGAUAUGGUAUUAUACCAUAUAAUGAAGAGACGGAUGUAGUCGGUUUAAUAGUUAAUAAUGUUUAUGAUUGUAGUAUAUUAUUAGAUUGCUUAUCUGGAUAUGACAAAAAUGAUUUAAAAAGUGUGCAUGAAAAAAAAAAAAAAAAAUAUCAUUUAUUAUUAAAAAAAUAUGAACAGUCAGAAAUAUUUAAAAGCGAAAAGCCAUUAAAAAAUAUGAAAUUUGGAUAUUUAAGUAAAGAUUUAUUAAAGAAAUAUUUUGUUGACGAUACUGUAUGUGAUCAUUAUGAUAUGGUAAUGAAAAAUAUUAAAGACAUGGGGGGAAUAUUAAUAAAUACAAAUAUAUAUAAACUGGUUGAAUAUUGUUAUAUAUAUUAUAUGUACUCAAUGAUAGUAGCAAAUAGUAAUAUAGCAAGAAUGAAUGGAAUUAAUUAUAAUAUUCCUAAUAUAAAUAAUGAAAAUAAUUUUAUUGCAAAAUUACGAUCAAAUUUAAUAGAUGAAAAUGUUUUAGCACGAAUAAUUGGAGGGUCAAUUAUAUCAACAUAUUUUGAAAAAAAUAAUAAAAAAAUAAAUUUCCGUCAUGUCUUUUUAAUAGUAAAAAAUAAAUUGAUUUCACGUUUAAAUGAGAUUUUUGAGCAAGUUAAUUUUAUUUUAUUACCAUCAUUACCUAGAUCGAAUAAUAUAAAGGAAGGUUGUAACAUAAAUAUUUCUCCAUCCCAUGAAAACAGUUUAAAAAAUGAAAUAAAUUCAGAAAAAGAACACACUCAAAAUAAUAAUAAAAACAAUUUAUCUGUAGAAAGUAGUGAUAUGUACAAUAAAUAUAUGAGAGAAAUAUUUUUUAUUAUAUCCUCUAUUACAGGAUUUCCGAGUAUUGUUAUACCAUCAGGUGAAUUUACUAAAAAUUUGAAUGAACCUCAAUCUUUUCAAUUAUUAAAUCCAAAAUUAAAUGAACAUGAACUAUUAAAAGUUGCCUUAGCAUACAAGGAUAAAAUGGGUGUUAAUAAAAAAUUGCUUCACAAUUUGGAAAAUAAAGCUAGUUAA